CAGUCACAUUUCAACUUAACGUAGUCACUUCGAAGCCUUGCUAUUGUUCGCCUCCGUGAUAUUGCUAGAAUAACGUUUUGAUGGUCUAAUACCGACCACCAUAUAAAACGGCCCAGCUAGGAAGGAUGUCAUUAGGAAGAUGGUUUCCUCCGGAUCACAUUCAUCUCUCCUUGCCCUUUUGGCGCUUGCCUUCCUCUCACUGUCAGCAAGCGCUUUGCCUCGUCCUCGGACAGCGUCAACCACAGCUGCUCUCAAGCUUGCCGUUAGAAUAAACUCAUACGGGAUCAAGAACAUCGCAGCUGCAGAUCGAGCUCGACUCAAAGUCCUUCAAGCUGGUGGAAGCUCUUCCGUCAAUGCAUCCAAUACUGUGACGACAUACACCGCUGACGUUGGCGUGGGGAGUCCAGCAACGUACUACACACUCCUGGUAGACACCGGAAGCUCAAAUACCUGGAUCGGGAGCAACAAGGCUUACAAGCAGACUACCACGAGCCGGGACACACUCCAUAAAUUUAAAGUUCCAUACGCCGAUGGGAGUUCGGUUUCUGGAGAGGAAUACACAGACACUGUGACGCUCAACUCUGAUUUGGUUGUUAACAGCCAAUCUAUUGGCGUUGCAUCUCAAGCCUCACAGAUGGGUAGUCUGGAUGGAAUUCUUGGUCUUGGACCGGUUGAUCUGACGCAGGGCCUCGUCGAUGAUACAUCUGAAGUUGCAACUGUGAUGGACAACCUCUAUACGCAGAAAACAAUUAGUUCAGAAGUACUCGGAGUGUUCUUCGCACCUGCUUCCUCUAGUGAUAGCAGUGGCGAGCUCACGUUUGGCAGUUAUGACGCCUCCAAAAUUACUGGAAGAAUCAACUAUGUGCCUGUCACAUCAGUAUUUCCAGCGAGUACAUAUUGGGGCAUCGAUCAAUCCAUCAUGUAUGGGUCUACGCCCAUUCUGGAUGAGACAGCUGGUAUUGUCGAUACAGGAACCACCCUGAUCCUCAUUGCCUCCGAUGCCUUCAGUGUAUAUCAGUCUGCGACGGGGGCGAUCCUCGAUAAGACCACUGGCUUGUUACAGAUCUCAUCCGACCAGUACGAGCAGCUCGCAUCCUUGUAUUUCACUAUCGGUGGAAUUGCUUAUGAGCUCACCCCGAAUGGGCAAAUCUGGCCUCGAUCGUUGAACAGCGCCAUUGGCGGUACCACCGACGGCAUAUACCUGGUCGUCAGCGACAGUGGGGACAGCAGCGGUUCUGGCUUGGAUUUUACGAACGGCUAUUGUUUCCUCGAACGGUUCUACUCGGUGUACGACACAACGAACUCCCAAGUCGGGUUCGCCACCACUGAGUACACGUAUGCCACGACAAAUUAAAUUCCUCUUCUCGAACGAUCACGGUUCUA